AUGAUAGUUUACCGCAACUUAACGGGUCGCAUUGUAGAUUUCGACUUUAAUGUUAGUCGGUAUUUCACAAAAGGUUCAUCGAAAAUAGACCGGUUUAACAGGUUCGUGAAAAGUGGUACCGAGAACUACAUUGUGAACGCAUGUAAGAUAACGCAGGCGAUCAGUCAAAAUAUCGAGAUAAUCGUCGAAUGGAAGCCGAACCCCUUCCCGUACACAUGUCAAAUCACUUCGCCACAGAAGGCCAGUAAACUGAAGGGUUUGAAGAGCUUCAUGACAUAUCAGUUGACGCCGUCUUUCAGCGGCAUCCAGGUCAGUCGCCGUUACAAACACUUUGACUGGCUGCACGAACAGAUGAGUGGCAAGUAUUCUGCAAUGCUCAUCCCGCCGCUUCCUGAAAAGCAGGUUUCUGGUCGAUACGAGGAAGAGUUCAUCGAGCACCGUAUGCACCUGCUUCAGCUGUGGGUGUCCAAGAUCUGCGGUCACCCGGUUCUGUCCCAGUGUGAGGCAUGGAUGCACUUCCUCAGCUGCACGGACGAUAAGAAAUGGAAACAAGGCAAAAGAAAAGUAGAGAAGGACGAGUACAAAGGGGGCAACCUGUUCUACGCCAUUACAUCGCCUGGGCAGUUGUUAGAUGCUGGAGACGCCGAGAACCGUGUCGACAAGUUCUUGAGAAUGGCUAGGAGUCUCGACGCGUGCUGUCACAUAAGCGUACAAAUGAAUUUUCGUACAUAUAGACGUGAAUGCCGAAAGCUGGCCUCUGCAUUUCGUUCUUUGGGACAGUCCCUCGACUUAGAUCCAGAGGCGCAGUUGGAACGGCUGUCGGAGGCGCUGCGAUUCACAGCCGAAAUCUACGACAACAUUGGACAAAUGUACGAAGCUCAGCCGAAGAAAGAUCUCGAGCCACUGAUGGAUGAGUUCUUCAUUUAUCGCGGAAUGAUUAGCAUGGUCCCGGAAGCCGUCCAACCUCAUAAGCCACCGAUACCCCUUACUUUAAGGGUAGGGUCUACAGUCGUGGAGGUACUCAUUUAUCAACAAUAA